CUCCCAUCUACUAAAAAUCAAUCACCACCACCCGCCGCCGUCCUCCGCCGCCGACCGCCGUUGACAAUGGCCGUCGUUGUUCUUUCUCUCAUCCUAAUCCUGUUCUCUUUCAAUGCCGAAGCUCAAACCCCUUCGGCCCCGGCUCCGGCCGCAUCUGGACCGAUCAACAUUACCGGAAUCCUAGACAAGGCCGGCGGUUACAACACCUUCAUCAAGCUUCUAACAUCGACUCAAGUAGCAAACCAGAUCAACAAUCAAGUCAACAAUUCAAAUGAUGGAAUGACAGUUUUUGCACCGUCCGACAAUGGAUUCAAUAAUCUACCAGGAGGGUACCUUAAUAAUCUCACCACACAACAACAAGUUCAACUUGUUCUUUAUCAUGUCAUUCCUAAGUUCUAUAGUUUUGCUGAUCUUCAAACCGCUAGUAACCCAGUUCACACUCAGGCUUCCGGUCAAGAUGGUCAAGUCUUUGGCCUCUACUUCUCCGCCCAAAACAAUCAGGUAAACAUUUCAACACAUAUUGUAACAACUCAAGUCUACAAUGCAAUCAGAAAGGAUCCCCCAUUGGCGGUUUAUCAAGUCGACAAGGUAUUGUUGCCUGAGGAAUUCACGGAGGCCAAACCGCCGUCGCAAUCUCCGCCGGCACCGGCCACAAAAGAGUCGAACAGCACCAAGCCAGCCACCGCCGCCGACGAACCAUCUCCGUCUAAGAAUGGAGCCGCCGCCGCCGGCAGUCAGAUCGGAUUUGCUCUCUUCGGGUUAUUGAGCUUUGCCUUUAUCUUUUAAUCCACUUAAUUAUAUGGUGGACAUUUUAUUUGUAGUGUUUUUUUUUUUAAUUCAUAUUUGUUUGCCAAGGAUUUUUUAUUUUUGCAAAAAUAACAUUAUAUUUUUCAAUGUAUUAUAAUAUAAUAUUAUAUAUAUUGUGGAA